AUGGCCGAAAACAAGAUGCAACUCGAAGAUUGGUUGGACGACCUUUGUGUCCGAUUCAUCAUAAACCUGCCCAAGGAGGAUCUGUCAUCCGUGGCCCGAAUUUGCUUCCAGGUCGAAGAGGCACAAUGGUUCUACGAAGAUUUUAUACGUCCGCUGGACCCUACACUCCCGUCGAUGUCGCUCCGAAGUUUCUGUCUUCGAAUCUUCCAGCACUGUCCCCUGCUGGCCUCCUUCUCGGCUGAAAACCACAUGCGAGCGUUCGAGGAGUUUCUCCAGUACAAGACCAGAGUUCCCGUCAGAGGAGCUAUCCUGCUGAAUGAGGCCAUGGACUCGACUGUGUUGGUCAAGGGCUGGAAGAAGGGCGCCAACUGGAGUUUCCCCAGAGGCAAAAUCAACAAGGACGAGGAUGACUUGGACUGCGCCAUUCGAGAGGUCUACGAGGAAACAGGUUUCGACAUCAGGGAAGCUGGGCUGGUGCCUAGGGAUGAUGAAGUGAAGUACAUCCAGAUGUCGAUGCGGGAUCAGCAAAUUCGACUCUAUGUUUUCCGGAAUGUCCCCAUGGACACCAACUUCCAUCCAAAGACCAGGAAAGAGAUCAGUAAAAUUCAGUGGUACAAGCUCUCUGAGCUUCCCGCGUUUCGGAACCGCAAGGGGAAUCAACAGGAUGAUGCCGCUGCGGCUUCGAAUGCGAACAAGUUCUACAUGGUGGCUCCUUUUCUUGUCCAACUCAAGAAAUGGGUCCAACAGCAAAAGCAGAAGGACGCAGCCCGCGGAUCGCAUGUACCUGUCCAUAUUCCUAUCGAAGAACCUCUCACAGAGGAUGACCUCGGUACCCAGACAGAGCCUGUUGCUGGGCCCACGGAGAGCAUCGAAACCAUUGAAGGGGCGACGGCUGAGCUUCAGCGUCUUCUCCAGGUGCAGCCUCCCCCUAGUGGGACACAUGUGAACCCACACCCUGCUCCGGCGGCGACAGCCAACAAAGGGAACGCUCUGUUGGCCCUUCUUCAAAAGAAUACUGAGACCGAGGCGGCUCAUCUUCCUCAAGGGUAUCACGAGCAGCCCCAGCAUUAUCAACAGCUGCCCCAGCAACAUCACCAACAGCAUCCGCAGCAUCAACAUCAGUAUUACCAGCAGCAGCAGUACGGUAACCAAGUCCCGCACACGCCGUUGGAGCUCACUUACACGACUGCUCCGGAACCGCACACUCCGCACCAUCAUCAUCCAACCAACCGGUUACCUGUACCACCUAAUCAGCCGCCGCCCAACUUCCCUAUCCAGCCUCACGGGAAUCAAAAUGUCUCUCAAGAAUACUUUACACAACAGCGGGUCCCCCACCAGAUGCCUACCCAGGCCUACGGGGAUAACUCGUACAUGGCUGGCCCGCGUCCAGUGCAGAAGGAACCCGUUCUUCUCCACCCGCAGCCGUUGCCCCCCCAGGUUCAGCAAUCACUUCUCACCAGAAGCAUUCUUCAGACUCCCAACAUUCCAGAGACUGCCCACCACAAUGGUAUGCAAGCGCCGCAGGGAAGCCACCAUUCGAUCCCGGUCCAGGGGCAAGAUGGAGCUGGUUAUCAGAAUCAAGGAGCACCUCCAAAGGCUGCUCCUCAGCUGACACAUCAUCACAUGUCUCUUCUGAAUGCUUUCAAGAGCAAUACCUCCCGUACACAAGAAACAACGCCGGUGGCUACCCCUCAAAGCGAUGUCGCUCCCGCGGGACAGCAGCACGCUGGCUAUCAUCCGUCUGGACAGGGCUGGCCCAGUGCUCCAUCCCAUACACAAGCUCCCAACCCAGCUGCGCAGUAUUUGCCGCACCACGCGGCGAAUGUUCCUCAGGGUUAUGGUGAGCGGUAUGGGCCUCAGCCGCAGCAUGCAGUGGCUCCACAAGUGUCACAACACGCCGCCGCAAACCCAGUUGUGGCCCCAAGACCGCCGCAAUCAACGGAGUCGCAUCGCUCGGCGUUGUUGGACAUGUUCAAAAAGCCAGGCCGUGGAAGUCCCCUAAGCAACGAAAUCACAAGAUCGUCCAUCAAGUCGGACGGUGGACGGCCAGGAUAUGGGUCUAAUAAUAGCCAACCAUAUGGCGGACCUUCCAAUGCGGAGGCCAUCACCCGAGCUGUUGAAGCCAAUGGUGCUCCCGUCCAGAUGAAUCCAGAGCUCAACCUUCCAUAUAGGGCCGUUCAGAUCCUCACUCGGCCCAAGCAGCCCGAGUCGGCCCAAAGCAAUGACUCAAUGGACUCGCAAAUCCAUCGCCUUCAGAGACGCUUGAGCCCCCAGAGGAAGGAUGCCAGGAAUUCAGGCUCUGGUCUUCCGUCUCCGCGGGACCGCUCUUUGUUCCAUCAGCUUGACCAGGAGACGAAGAGGUCCCCCCAGCUCCCGCCAGCCCAGGCGGCCAGCCUUCCAUACGGUCAGCCUCAGCCUCAGCGCCAGUCGCCGUACGCAAGUCCUACUUUUCCGCCUCAGCAACCUGUUGGUCCGCCCCAGCAACUGCAGCAGCAUCAGCAAUAUCAGCAUCAUCAGCGUCAACCUAGUGGCAACGCGGACCAGAAGCAGAAGUUGCUGUCGCUUUUCGGAAAGGCACAGCCCUCGCCCACUGGGCUUUCGGCCAACGGCAAGAUGAAGGAGUCCAUGGUGUAUGAUCAAGUCCGGUCUACUACUCCCAGAUCGAGAGUUGCGUCUCUUGCGUCACAGGGCAACGCCGGCGGCAUGGCUCCGUCAGUCACAGGCGUGGAGAAUGUCCAUGCAACCGGCAACAGUAGUCGGGUACCGAGCGCAACCAACUCUCGCCGGGGCAGCCAGACACCCAUCUCCCCGGCCGAUCGGAACUUUUUGCUUUUGUAUUUGGAGUCGGUGUCUAAUCAGGCGCGCUCCCAGACAUGA